AUGGAAAAGAAGCCAAACGAAAGCUUCCGGCAAUAUACUCAGAGAUGGAGAGAGGUCGCUACACAGGUCCAACCACCGUUGCUAGAAAAAGAAAUAACCAUGCUCUUCAUCAAUACAUUGAAGGCGCCUUUCAUUACUCACAUGUUAGGCAACACAACCAAGAGUUUCGCGGACAUAGUAAUGUCUGGCGAAAUGAUAGAAAAUGCCAUAAGAUCGGGUAAGAUAGAAUUUGGGGAGAACACGAGAAGGUUAGCCCCGAAGAAAAGAGAGAAUGAAGUAGGUAAUGUGAGCUCAGGCUACGCAAAACUUGCCACUGUUAAUCAGUCAAGGGCGAUAGUCACAGGCCAGCAGGCCUCACCAAGGCGGGAGCCUAACACGAGAAAUAAUACAGAGAAGUUUCAAUUCACUCCCAUACCAGUGACGUAUAGGGAGUUAUACAAAAGUCUGUUUAAUGCACAUGUAGUGGCUCUUUUCCACUUAGAGCCGUUGCAGGCCUCAUACCCUAAGUGGUACGACGUAAAUACUCAGCGCGAAUACCAUGCAGGGAUUACGGGGCACUCGAUAAAAAACUGUACCUUGUUCAAAAGGUGCGUGGAAAGGUUUAUCAAAGCAGGUGUUGUAAAAUUCGAUGAUACACCUGGUACAGGAAAUCCGUUGCCUAGUCAUACUGAUAAAGGGGUAAAUGCGAUAAUUGAGAAUAUGGGGAGGAAAGUCAAGCUAAAUAUCGCGGAGGUGAGAACCCCAUUGAAGCUAGUUUGGAAGGAAAUGCAGAAAAGAGGUUUAGUCCUGCAGGAGUUGGGGGAUAAAAUCCAAGAUACACGGAAUUACUGUGAGUUCCAUCAUGAGAAAGAUCACAAGAUCCAGAAUUGUAUUGAGUUCAGGGCCCUAGUACAGGGUCUAAUGGAUAAUAAGGAAUUGGAGUUCCUCGAGUCUGUCGAAGAAGAGGAUGUAUGCUCUCUAGGAGGAGAGUCAAGUGAAGAAGGCUGCAGAGCCAGCCGUCCAGUGAUAAUUAUUUCGAAGCCUAGAGUUAGUGAAGUAGAAGCAAGAGUUACACCAAGAGUUAUAAUCCAGAAGCCAACAGCUUCCCCUUAUAAAGAUAGCCAUAGGGUGCCUUGGAAUUAUAACUGUAGUAUAGCAGUUUCAGAGAAGGAGGGUUCGAUUAACACGCCAAACACAGAAGCCGAACCAGCAAAAAGGAAACCCGUCAUGCUCAAGCAAGAAGUAGAGAGAUCAGAACCACUGGUUAAUAAGCCAGUAAUGGAAAAUGAAGCCAAUGAGUUCUUGAAGUUCCUAAAACACAGCGAGUAUAGUAUUGUGGAACAACUACACCAACAACCGAAUCGCAUAUCCGUAUUGGCUCUGCUAUUAAAUUCGGAGGUCCACCGCAACGCAUUGAUGAAAGUGUUGAACGAAACCUAUGUUGCGGAUGACAUUUCGGUUAACAAAUUGGACCGUCUCGUCAGUAACAUAAGCGCUGACAAUUUCAUCUCCUUCAGCGAUGAUGAGAUACCGCCAAGGGGUAGGGGGUCUACUAAGGCUCUGCAUGUCACUACACGUUGCAAGGGGUAUACGCUACCCGGAGUACUAGUUGAUAAUGGGUCCGUAUUAAACGUGUUGCUUUGGGCUACAUUAAACCAUUUACCUAUAGACAGUUUCCAUAUGAAGACGUGUCAGAACAUAGUAAGAGCAUUUGAUGGCAGAGAAAGGAAAGUAAUGGGAAGGAUAGAAGUACCUCUUCAGAUUGGCCCAAACACGUACGAGGUAGAUUUCUUCGUGAUGGAUAUUAAGCCUUCCUAUAACUGUCUAUUAGGAAGACCUUGGAUUCACUCAGAUGGGGCAGUGCCAUCCUCGCUGCACCAGAAGCUAAAGAUGGUUACUGAGGGUCAGCUAAUAAUAAUAAAUGCGGAGGAGGACAUUAUUGCGUCAGUUACCAGUGAUGCACCCUACAUAGAGAAUGACAACGAAGCGGUUGAAUCUGAAGGAAGCAGGAUUCUGAUACCUAAGAUAUCAGGGGCUACGAAAAUAAGCCUGCAGCUGACAGUUGGGAAAGGGGCGUUACCUGGUAGAGGACUUGGGAGGAACCUCCAUGGACAAGUUAGAGUGCCAGUCUUGGUUGGCAAGUGGGAUCACUUCGGUUUGGGAUUCAGGCCAGAUGCAAGCAAAGUGAAGAAGGAGUUUGAAAGGAAACAAGAACAACAAAGAGCGAGAUUGAGUGGGACAAAAGUCAGGCCCCCGGAUGCCAACAUUAUGAGCAAUGCUAAUAUGAAUCCAGAAUCUCCUUUUGAGCAAGAUAUGUACUCUGAGGGAUCUCAGGAUUUUGAAGAUGACGAAGAUUGUGGUUUAUCUCCAGACUUGUUAAGGAUGGCGGAGCGGGAAGAGAAGUAG